GCAGGAUUCAGAAAAAGGGAAUGAAAAGCUGGGCUCCAAGUUUGUCAUGCCCUCAGUUUGUUGAUCGGCUCCUCAAUAAAGGAGGGUGACGCGGUCACAAGGACGCCUGUGGAGACCCAGUCAUGAAAGGUGAACUGCUCCUGCUUUCAAGUGUGACUGUCCUACUCCAGGUGGUACUCGGCUGCCCAGACAAGUGCCACUGUCACUCGUCUACGGACUUUGUAGACUGCAGUCGGCAGGGUCUGGCUGAAAUCCCUUCCGAUUUACCUCCUCAGACUCGAACACUGCACUUACAAGACAACCAGAUACACCAGCUUCCUGCUUUUGCAUUUAGGUCAGUGCCAUGGCUCAUGACCUUAAACUUGUCUAACAAUUCCCUUUCAAAUCUGGCCCCCCAAGCUUUCGAUGGACUUCAGCACUUGCAGGUUUUAAAUUUAACCCAGAAUUCUUUGCUUUCCCUGGAAAGCAGACUUUUCCGUUCCCUCCCCCAGCUGAGGGAGCUUGAUUUGUCAUCAAACAACAUAAGCCACCUUCCCACAUCCCUGGGCAAGCCUUGGGAGAACCUAACCAUAUUUGCAGUUCAACAAAACCAGCUUCAGCAGCUUGACGGAGCACUCCUAGAAUCCAUGCCCAGUGUGAGGCUUUUAUUUCUCAAGGACAAUCUCUGGAAAUGCAAUUGCCACUUGCAUGGUCUUAAACUCUGGCUGGAGAAAUUUAUCUAUAAAGGGGGAAUCACCGAUGGCGUCAUCUGUAGGUCACCGGACACCUGGAAGGGAAAGGACCUCCUCAAAAUCCCUCAUGAGCUGUACCAGCCUUGUCCUCCUCCUGCUCCUGACCCGGGGUCCCCGCAGACUCAGCAGCCCAGCUCUGCCUUCGGGGCGGUCCCGAGGCCCCCUGAGAACCACAGCUCAGGGGAACAAGACCCCCUGGGGUGUGAGUUCAAACCCAGGCCGAGGCCGGUGAACCUCCGUCAUGCUAUUGGCACGGUCAUCAUCACUGGGGUGGUGUGUGGGGUCUUGUGUCUCAUGAUGUUGGCGGCUGCCAUCUACGGCUGCACCUAUGCAGCUAUUACAGCCCAAUACCACGGGGGAUGCUUGGCUCAAACCAGUGAGCCUGGGAAGACAGAAGGAAAAGAGCUAUUCGACAGCUCGCCAGCCUGAAAGCUUUCAUCAAAUAGAACUGAUCACUGUAGGCCAGAAAGUGUCUGAGUAGGGCUGAUGUGUUUGCUGUUACUGUCUCAUUUUGCUUUUUCCAAAA